AUCAUCUGUGUACUGAGAGCAUGAAUUUCCUUGUGGGUGUUACAAGUAUAUGCUACCUUUGUGGACAGCUAUUUGUUUUGCUUGUCUGUGGUUGUCCAGAUAACCAGAUCACUGGGAAAUGCGGUGAAAGCGAGUUUUGCUUCUGUAAAAAUGGAGAGUGGAGAAGAACAUCCCUGUCGGUUGCUCAAGACAUCGCCUCUGAGAUACAAUCAGUCAGUUUUCUCUGCAUUUGUUCAGGAUCAACAAAGGUGUAUUGCCUAAACCAAUACUACGGAGGCAAGCUAUCAAGCAUGCCUGAUUCUCGCAGUACAAUUUCAGAUGCAAACUGUGCCAUUUCAAAUCAAGCUGAAAGUUCAGAGACAACACCCUUUGUCGCAACUUCAGUUCCUUUGCCAUCAUCAUCAGAAACAACCACCACAGCUGAUACCACAACCACAACUUCUACCACAACCACAUCUGAUACCACAACCGCAGCUGAUACCACAACCACAGCUGAUACCACAACCACAGCUGAUACCACAACCGCAGCUGCUACCACAACCAUAGCUGCUACCACAACCGCAGCUGCUACCACAACCAUAGCUGAUACCACAACCAAAAUUGAUACUACCACAGCAACGACAGAGGUUUCGCUUGGAAAAUCGACAACAAACCCUACUGACAUUUCGUCGACAACAUUAAUGGGUACUGGUUGCUGUUGUUCUAGGGAAUUUCAAUCCAAAGUGGAAUUCUGGAGAAAUGAAACAAAUCAGCUGAUUCAUAGACUGAAUUUGAAGAGUAGCCUUUUAAAACUUAAAACAGAACUGAAACUGGAAAAGAAAAAUCUGUCGUCUAUUCAAACUUUACGAGUGUGUGCCCCAGACCAGCGUGUUUCAGCUUCAAUGACUGGAUAUGUAGGGAUAUUCGUCAUCAGCCUCGUUCUUUCCGUACCUAUCAUAAUUGAUUUCCCCAUUCUGUUUGCCUGUUGUAAAAAAAUAUUUUCAUAAUUUUGUAUUCAUUAGAAACAACUCUUGCAUUGCUUUGUUCAGGAAAGUUAAACUAGUAUUAAAGGUAGAUGUCCGAGUCUUUGUAUGACAUCAUAGGUUUUUUUUUUGAAAAUCUUUGAUUAAGUAAAUUUCGUGAAUGAUAGAACUAUAUCUUCUGGGGUAAAUAUACCCCCCGCAACAAAGUUGUGGGGGUAUACUGGAAUCGAGUUGUCCGUCCGUCUCUAGACGCAAUGAUUUCUGGGCUCUUAUUAAAAAGCGUUAUGCUUUCUACCUACAGUCACCAUAUCAUACAUAUGGAUUACCCAUGGAACGAUUGAUUGAUUGGAUAUUGUUUAACGUCCCUCUUGAGAAUCUUUCACUCAUAUGGAGGCGUCACCACUAUCGGUGAAGGGCUACAAAUUUUAGGCCUUUGCUCGGCGCUUAUGGCCUUUGAGCACCGAGGGA